CAUUUUUGACAAAAUGGCGGCGACCAAGGGUGGGGAUAAUUCUACAACUCAAUUUUCCACAAAAUCUAAAACGAAUGGUCACGUACAUGCUGAAAAGACUCAAAAGACUGUAAAUGGAACUCAUGCAAGACAGGCAGAAAAUGGCACUAAUCAAAAUAAAGCUAUACUUGAAACGUUCCAUGAAAGCUUUGAAGAAACCCCGUUGCCAGUUGCAGUCCUAACAUAUUUGGGAUAUGGCGUACUCAUAAUAUUUGGUCAUAUGAGAGACCUGUUGAGAAGACUUGGACUUGAGAAAAUUCCCUUCGCCGAGCCUAUAAUCCCAGGAUGGGUACCACUGUACAAUAGCUUUGAAGCAUUCUACACAAGAAACCUAUACAGAAGAAUAAGAGAUUGUUGGAACAGACCCAUCGCAUCAGUACCCGCCGCCUAUGUCGAUCUUAUCGAUAGAGAAACAUCUGACCAGGGAUGGACCUUCACACUCACUGGAAAGAAAACCAAGUGCAUGAAUAUGGGGUCCUACAAUUACCUUGGUUUUGCUGAAAACUCUGGACCCUGUGCACAAGAAUCAAAAAAUGCAAUUGAAAAGUAUGGGUGUAGUAUUGCAGCAUCGAGAAGGGAGCUAGGAAAUUCAGAAAUUCACAGAGAAUUAGAACAAUUAGUUGCCGAGUUUGUUGGACAAGAAUCAGCUAUGGUAUUUGCCAUGGGGUUUGCUACAAAUGCCUUAAACAUACCCGCUUUAGUAGGAAAAGGAUCUUUAAUUUUGAGUGAUCAACUAAAUCACUCCUCUUUAGUCGUCGGGGCGAAGAUUUCUGGAGCCACAAUUAUGACUUUUAAACACAACAACACUAAAGAUCUAGAAAGAAAAUUAAAAGAUGCUGUCGUCUACGGUCAGCCUAAGACUCAUCGGCCUUGGAAAAAAAUACUGAUAUUAUUCGAAGGCAUAUAUUCAAUGGAAGGAUCUAUUGUUAAUUUACCAGAACUCAUCAGACUAAAAAAGAAAUAUAAAGCAUAUCUAUAUUUGGAUGAAGCUCACAGUAUUGGCGCUUUGGGACCGAAUGGAAAAGGGGUUGUAGACUAUUGGAAUUGUAACGCAAAAGAUGUGGACGUUAUGAUGGGUACAUUCACAAAAAGUUUUGGAGCAAUGGGAGGAUAUAUCGCAGGUAAUAAGCAAAUCAUUAAUCAUCUGAAGCGUAAUUCGCAUGCCGCUACAUAUGCUACGUCUAUGCCACCUCCCAUCGCUCAACAAGUACUAACUUCUAUGCGCAUUAUAAUGGGUUUGGAUGGAACCAAAGAAGGUGCAAGAAGAUUGGCUCAAAUUGCUUAUAAUACCAGAUAUCUGAGAAGGCGACUAGCUGAACUCGGAUUAAUUGUCUAUGGAAAUUCAGAUUCUCCUGUCGUACCUAUAUUACUCUAUUGCCCAUCAAAAAUUGCCGCAUUUUCGAGAGAAUGUUUAUCAAGAGGGCUUGCUGUUGUUGUUGUUGGUUUUCCAGCCACUCCAAUUAUUGAAUCCAGAGCCAGAAUUUGUCUAUCAGCCGCUCACACUAGAGAAAUGCUCGAUGAAGCCCUCAGAAUUUUCGAUGAAGUUAGCGACGUACUCUCCCUGAAGUACUCCAGAAAUAAGACGACGCCGCUAAGUGAAAAUGAUAAAGAUUUUCUAAGCAGAUAUCCUCAAUUGGAAGAAUAUAUAAAAUAG